GAGUCUCUAGACGCCUUUACGAGUCUUGAGUGGGGUUUUCAUCUUUAUCAUGAACAUCGGAUUAAAGGACAAGUGUUUGUGUCUGUUGAUGGAGGUUUUGCUAUAAAUAGGGCUUGUCGCCAUGGUAUAAUCAAAUAAGUAUUUCUGAUCGAGCUUAUAUUGUUUGGGAAUCUAUCUUAAUUGAGUGAGUUUCGCGUGAGUCAGAGAGAGAGAGAAAAGAGAGACUAUGGAGAUGUUUUUGAGAAGGGGCUGGAUAGUGGUGUGUGUGUUUAUGUUACUGAUGUCGACUCAAGUGUUAGGAAAAUUAUCUAGCAAAGAUGAUCAUGCCAAGAGCAAACACCGACAUCACAAUAACAAAAGAGACGGUGAUAGUGGAGGUGGAGGUGCUGGAGGUAGUAUCGGAGCAGGAGGUGGUGCUGGCGGUGGCAUUGGAGUUGGAGGAGGCAUAGGCGGUGGUGGUAGUGCUGGUGGAGGUGGUGGUAUUGGAUCCGGAGGAGGAGUUGGUGGUGGAGGGGGUGGAAGUGGUACUGGUGGUAAUGGUGGAAGCUGUGCUGGUGGUCAUGGUGGUGGUGGACGUGGUAGUGGCGGUGGUGGUGGACGUGGUAGUGGUGGUACUGGGGGAGGUGUAGGUGGGGGUGGUGGCGUUGGAAUUGGUGGUGGUGUAGGUGGAAGCGCGGGUGGAGGUGGAGGCGGCAGUGUUGGUGGAGGAGGACGUGGUGGUGAACGGGGUAGUGGGGGAUCUGGUGCUGGUGGAAUUGGCGGUGGAGGUGGUGGAAGUAUUGGCGGUGGAGGAGGUGUUGGUGGUUCGAUUGGAGGUGGUGGUGGUGCCGGAGGUGGAGUAGGUGGUGGUGCUGGAGGAGGUGUUGGUGGUUCGAUUGGAGGUGGUGGUAGUUCCGGAGGUGGAUUAGGUGGUGGUGCUGGUGGCUUUGGUGGAGGUGGUGUUGGAGGUGGAGUAGGUGGUGGUGCUGGUGGCAUUGGUGGAGGUGGUGUUGGAGGUGGAGUAGGUGGUGGAGCAGGUGGCUCUGGUGGAGGUGGUGCUGGAGGUGCAGUAGGUGGUGGUGUCGGAGGUGGUGUUGGAGGUGGAGUAGGUGGUGGUGUCGGAGAUGGAGUAGGUGGUGGUGUCGGAGGUGGUGGAGGUGGUGCUAUCGGAGGUGGAGUAGGUGGUGGUAUUGGUGGAGGAGGUCGUGGUGGUGGACGUGGUAGCGGUGGAGAUGGCGGUGGUGUAGGAGCCGGAGGAGGAAUUGGUGGUGGAGUUGGUGGAGGAGGCCGUGGUGGUGGACGUGGUAGCGGUGGAGCUGGCGGUGGAGUAGGAGGUGGAGGAGGAGUCGGUGGUGGAGUUGGUGGAGGAGGCCGUGGUGUUGGUGGUGGAGGUGCUGGCGGUGGUGUAGGAGGUGGAGUUGGCGGUGGUGUAGGAGCAGGAGGUGGAGUUGGCGGAGGUGCUGGAGCAGGCGGUGGAGGUGGUGGUGCCGUGGGAGGUGGUGCCGGAGGAAAUGCUGGAGGCGGAGUAGGCGCUGGUGGUGGUGCAGGUGGUGGAGUAGGAGGUGGUGUAGGUGGUGGAGGCGGUUUUGGCAGUGGUGUUGGAGGGGGUGGAGGUGGAGGACUUGGCGGUGGUGGUGGUAUAGGUGGUGGUGGAGGAGUGGGAGGUGGUGUAGGAGGUGGAGCAAAUGUUGGUGUAGGAGUUGGAGCAGGAGGCGGUGCAGGAGGAGGAGCUGGUGGUGGUCUAGCGGGUGGAGGAGGAGUCGGCGGUGGUGUAGGAGGCGGAGCAAAUGUUGGUGUAGGAGUUGGAGCUGGAGGUGGUGCAGGAGGAGGAGCUGGUGGUGGUGGGGGUGGUGGUAACCGAAGACAUUAAAUUGGAAAGGGCAGUGACUUACCAAUUUGGUACUCCAUGCACGUUACUUCCAUGCAUGCUUAAUAUUAGUAAUGAAUAAAACAAGUCUUUCUUUGUGUUGGUGAGCAUGACUCGUCUUUUAAUGGCUUUCUAUAUAUAUCGUAUGUUGUAAUGAUUUCUAUUUUUAUUGAGUAUGUUUCUGGAAUCUUCUGUUGGAAUGUUUUGUUUCCGUUGUAAACUUUAAUGUUCACUAAACAUUUUAUAAUA